CAUCUUUGGAAAGCUGAGUUUAAUUUCUCUAGCCACACCCAGGCCUGAUUACUGCCACACCUGUUCUCACUUAAAUAGGACCUGCCUGACAAAGUGAAGUAGACCAAAAGACCUUCAGAAGCUAGACAUCAUGCUACGAUCCAAAGAAAUUCAGAAACAAAUGAGCAAGAAAGUAAUUGAGAUCAGUCUGGAAAAGGUUACAAAGCCAUUUCUAAAGCUUUGGGACUCCAGCGAACCACAGUGAGAGCCAUUAUCCACAAAUGGUGAAAACAUGGAACAGUGGUGAACCUUCCCAGGAGUGAGCGCAGCAAGGACUCAUCCAAGAGGUCACAAGAGACCCCAGAACAACAUUCAAAGAACUGCAGGCCUCAAUUAAGAUUACCUUCUACGAGGGGAAAUGCUUCACUGGCAGGAAGCUGGAGGUCAGAGGAGACUGUGAUAACUUCCAGGACCGCGGCUUCAUGAACAGGGUGAACUCUAUCCGUGUGGAGAGUGGAGCCUGGAUCUGCUAUGACCACCCCGACUUCAAGGGCCAGCAGUACAUCCUGGAGCAUGGAGAGUACCCAGAAUUCCAGAGGUGGAACUCCCACAACGACCACAUGGGAUCCUGCAAGCCCAUCCGCAUGCAUGGAGAGCACUACCGCAUCGAGAUGUUCGAGGCCUGUAACUUCUCCGGUCAGUGUGUGGAGAUCUGCGACGACUGUCCCUUCCUGCAGAGCCGCGGCUUCUCCAAGAACUGCAUCAACUCCGUCAGGGUCUACGGAGACGGAGCCUGGGUGAUGUACGAGGAGCCAAACUUCCGUGGUCGCAUGUACAUCGUGGAGCGUGGAUACUACUGCAGCCCUAACGAGUGGCAGGCCCAGAACCCCAACAUCCAGUCCAUCCGCAGGGUCGUCAACUACUUCUAAACCCUGACCUCUGACCUCUGACCCUCUACACUCCCUUUCCACCACUGUAAUCAUGUACAAUAAAUAAACAGACUAAGAUAAGAAACAGGUUUUUUUUAUCAAACA